AUGUCCGAAAUCACUCUUCUAUGCUAUCUUCAGGGUGCGGAGAAACCAUUUAAUGUUGUGGUUAACGAGACGGAUACGAUUGAAGAUUUAAAACAGUUAAUAUCGUACAGGAUGAGAAAGGUUAUUAGCGAAAAAAAUAUCAUAACAAGUGGGUUCAAAAUAUGGAAAGUAUACAUUCCUGUCGAUGAAGCUGAUAUUCUACGAAAGGUACCAUCCGAGUUAAAGAGUGGUAAACCACUCGAAGACGAUCAAAAUGUAACGUCUAUCGGAAAAGUUCUUAAUAACUACAUUCAGAUCUUCAUGGGAAAUCCUGAUUCAGUUUUUAUUCCACCCGACUUGGAAAAGGUCGUUCAAAACAUGGGUGAGAGGAUACAAGAGUUGGAGAAUAAGAUUCAAGAUUUAAUCAAUGAAACUCGAAGCGAUGAGUUCUGGUUAGAUAAGGAUUAUAUUUACACUAAAGCGCAAAAGAAAAAACAUGUUAAGGUUGGGUGUAGGGUAGUUGAGAUUGGUAAUACAGGAAGGUUAAAGGUGAUUCUUGGAGAAGAUUACAGCAGAGAACGAAAAACGGUUUCUUCGUUAUUGGCGCUCGAAAAAUGGUUGCUUGAUUGCGCAGGUCUAUCUAUCUUGUAUAGAAAUAAAGACGAUACGCACCUCCGUAAUUACCUCGAAGUAAAACGUGACGAGGAAAAGAAAUCCUUUAAAAAAAUUUACGAGGGUUAUAAAAAUUAUCACUGA